UCGACACAUUUCGCAAAAUAAUUGACACAGCCUACGGGGCCGAUUACAGUAUGGCUGACAACAUGAGACAGAUUACCAAAAAACCGACCGAAGCGCAAAAGAAACUUUUACGAGAGUCGCAGGCUAAAGUUGACGAAGUCGUUGGUAUCAUGAAAGUGAACGUUGAAAAAGUGAUAGAAAGAGAUCGGCAAAUAUCAGAAUUAGAUGUUCGUUCGAGUGUAUUACAACACGGUGCUUCUCAAUUUCAGCAUACCGCUACAGAAGUCAAAAGGAAAAUGUGGUGGAAAAAUGUAAGGAUAAUGAUUAUUUUGGGCAUUGUGAUAGCAGUGCUUCUGCUUCUCAUUCUCGGCUCAUUUUAUCCGAGCAAUAGUUAA